GAACCGACCAGUAGCUGUUCGUGGCGAAUGAUGGCAAAGUGGAUGCUGUUGUGCGUUGUAUGAGUACGAAACGGGUAUGAGCGAUCAAAGAGCGACGAUGCAGCGGUGUGGCUUCUGAGAAACGGGAGGAUUGUCGUUUAGAUCGUCGUAUUAAUAUUACUUCCUCGGUUGAGCGAUCGUAUCCCUGAUCAUCCCUGGUCACGAUGGCUCUCAGCCAGACAAGCGUAGUGAGUAAACGAGCGAACGAACGUAAUUUGAAAUUAUAUAAUACUGUGAUAGAAGAUGUAAUAACAGGAGUACGGGAAUCGUUCAUAGACGAAGGAGUAGAUGAACAGGUUCUCCAAGAACUUAAACAAAUAUGGGAAACAAAACUGAUGGCCAGCAAAGCUGUAGAAUUAAAUCCAGAUCCACCAGAACCACAAGUUCCUCAAAUCAACACGCACAAAGCUGUGUCUGUCAAUAAAGCUAAUAUAGGAAAUCAUUUUGUACAACCAUCUGCUGGAAAUGCAGUACCGCAAACGCAAUCUCAACAAUCGCAACAGCAGCAACAAGCGCAAUCACAGCAGCAACAACAAUCGACCCAACCACAACAACAUACACAUCCUACAGGAACAUCGUUACAACAGCAGCAGCCACAGCAGCACUCGACAACGCCGGUACAGCAAGUGGUAACUGCACCAGCUGCUGUACUUGACCGACAAGUGCCCAUACAGAUCACCCUACCUCCACAAGCUGGCAUUCCGGAUGGACCACAGCGGAUUUUAAGCAUACAAGUUCCUGCAUCUGCUCUUCAAGGAAACCAAUUACAUACAAUUUUAACAGGUCCCGUAAUUUCUGCAGCUAUGGGUCUUCCAGCAAAUUUAGCUUCAACUUUGUUGCAACAACAUGUGAAUUCUACAUUGCAAGGGCAAGCAACAUUAGCUCCGUUACAAGUAAAUCAACCACUUCAAGUGGUCACGCAAAGUACAAAUAGUGUCGCAACACAGAGGCCACCUCAAAAUCAACAACAAAAUAAUAUAAAUCAGUUAGAUGGAGGGGUAGGUGAUUCUACUGACGAUGACGAUGAAGAGGAAGAAGAUGAUAACGAUGAUGACGAUGAAGAUCUUGAUGAAAAAGAGGAGGAAGAAAAUGAUGAAGCUGCAGCUCGUGAAGAGGAACCCUUAAAUUCCGAAGAUGACGUUACAGAUGACGAUCCUACUGAUCUCUUUGAUACAGACAAUGUAGUAGUCUGUCAAUAUGAUAAGAUUACAAGGAGUCGAAAUAAAUGGAAGUUUUAUCUGAAAGAUGGCAUAAUGAACCUAAGUGGGAAAGACUAUGUAUUUCAAAAGGCAAACGGAGAUGCUGAAUGGUAAUUCUAAGUGCGAUGUGAAUAUUGUGUUGCCUACAGGAAGCUCAGGGAUGUAAAGGCAACUUGAUGAUGUGUUCACGUGAAAUGUUUCAUCUUUAAUAAAAGAUGAUUCUUGUAUGGAUUGUGCAAAGCUGCUGCAACUGGAAUGGCAAUACAGGGGAACAAUGGCGAAAGAAAGUUAUUACAUUAUCAAAAUGGCAUUAUUUAAUAGCAUCAAUGCUAAUUUCACAUGUUGACCUAAACUUAAUUUAUCACAGAAAAUGUUUUGUUUCAUUUUUUAUGAAAUUCUCUCUCUCCUAUGUUCUAAAUAUAUAUAGCAUAUAACACAACAUUAUCAGUCUUGAAUAUUUUUAAGUAAAUGUUUUUGUUUUAUUUUAAUUUUUUAUUAAAGAAAAUUCAAAAUCCAAUGUUAAGUGGAUUAUAAAAAUUUAAUACAUUCUUUCAUGUAAUGCAGAUUAUGAAUAUACAGUGUAAAAAAUUACAUAAAAGUCUCCUAUUGUUAGUCAUAUGUUACUUUUGCGUUACGAUUCCUCCAGAAAAAAAGAACCAUUAUAAAUUGGUUAACUUUCCCUAGCAAAUGAGUAAACUUUAUUAAAGCAGAAAUACAUGAUAUGUUAAUCGAAAUAUCAUAUCGAUUAGUGGCUCUGUAAUUACAUCACGAACAAUGAUUAUGAAGAUGAUGAAUUGUGAAUUUGUACCAUGUAUGUGUGUGUGUGUGUUUUUUGAAAUUCUUGAUUAUGAACUUUUUCAUAUGGAAUGAUGGGUAAAGUUGAGGUAAAAUUUACAUUCAUCUCUUUCCUUUCAAUCUGGAAACAGAAUGAUAUACUAUAUGUGUUUGAGUUCAAGUCUUAAAAAAUUGCAAAACUAUGGCUCAUAUGUGAUGCUUUGAAAUAAUAAACGUGUCUGUUACAUAUAUAUAAAAUCUUGUUGCAAGCACAUUAACAAGAUCAUUUAUUAAUGAAGGAAAGAAGGACAGUUUAGCAUUUAGGCAAUUAAUUGGGCAUACCACUUGAAAAGUUUAAAUUGUUCUGGAAGCUACAAUUUUUAUCAACUUUUCUAUUUGAUUUGACUUUAAAAAGUAAUUGCUUAAUAUUUGUGAUGUGGCAAUUUAUUGUUAGAUCAAAUAUUUAAAUGAGAAAUAUCUUUCUCGAGUUAACAUAUAUUUGUAAAAAUUAAGUUUAAUGGCUUCCAAAUCGAUUCAAACUUGCCUCAGUCAAAGAUAUUAUAAGACUCGUGACUUAGCAAACUUUAUGUUGUACACAUAAUAAUAUUUAAGCAAAAAUCAAUAUAUCGCGAAUGUUUAUAGAUUAUUUUUAAAUUAUAAUUUAUAAUGUAGAGAUGCAAUUUAAGAUAUCUCUCCUUUCUUUUUUUUUUGUCGUUACAAUUAAUGUUUAAUUAGUUUAAGAUAAUUAUUUAAUCGAAGAACAAUGAUAUAAAAGAAAUUUCUAUGAUAUAAACUCACAAUGUGAUUACAAAUAUGCCAAAACAGUGUGCAAUUUUUAUAUUGUAUCAUAUCAUUUUACCAAGAAUGUUACAAAUAUUUGGCAUAUUUUAAAACUUGGAUAAUGUAUCGUAAAGAAUUGGCCAAAUUUUUAACGUUACCAAAAAGAAGUAUGUAUUUUAUGAAGAUUUUGGUUAAUAUCAUAGAAUCUUAUAAAAUAUCUUAUAGAAUAUAAUUACAGGUGCUGUCUGUGCAAAAUAUUACGGUAUCUGCGUUAUAUUGUUCGUCGUAUGCCUUAUAUAUAUAUUUCGAGUUUAACUUAUAAAUAAAACUUCUUUACAGAAUAAAUGUUUAAUAAGAAAACUA